CAACAAUCCCGGUUUAAGUUAUUUUCAUAAACUCACGUCUGUGGGCAGUUUGAAGAAAGCCACUUUUAAUUACUACGAAUGUCUGUAACGGUAGUAAAUAGACUGAUACGGGACGUUAAUUACUGGAAGUUUGCAAUUUUUGUCUGCAAGUGGUAGAAAGAGUACCCCAAGAUCCCCGGAGUGGGCCAUGAGAAGAUUUACUUGAAUUUAAGGAACUAUGUUGGCAGGUAUGGCAUCCUAUGUUCCAUUGCAGAAGCAGACUGUUUUCACGCCGGGGCACAAGUCAUAUCGGAUCCCUGCACUACAUUUCCGACCUGAGCCUAAAGUAUUCUUGGCCUUUGCUGAGGAGAGGAUAGAUAAUGUGGAUGAAAAUGCUGAAUCACUGGUCAUGCGACGUGGGGUCUUCAAUGAAGUCAGCAGGGAGGUAGAGUGGGGCCAAACAGAAACUCUUCACACUGCUCAGCUGCAAGGUUACAGGUCAAUGAAUCCAUGUCCUGUGUUCGAUGAAGAGACAAAGACCCUUUUCCUUUUCUUUAUAGCUGUUGAAGGACACAUCUCAGAAAUGUAUCAAAUCAAAAAUAAGAAGAAUCUUGUGCACCUCUGUUAUAUCACAAGUAAAGAUGAAGGGAGGACCUGGGGUGGUGUCAUUGACCUGACAGAGACUGUUAUUGGAAAGACUCACAAAGAGUGGGCAACAUUUGCAGUUGGGCCAGGUCAUGGACUUCAGCUUCAAGAUGAAUUUCAGACCCUCAUUAUUCCUGCUUAUGCUUAUAUUAUCAGAGGUGCAAAUGAGUGUCCCAAACCACAGGCCUUCUGCUUCAUAAGUCAGGAUCAUGGUCACAGCUGGAGUAUAGGGGGGUAUAUUCAGGAGGAAAAUGUUGUAGAAUGUCAGAUGGAAUGCAUUGAGAGUAGAGGAAAGAGCUUCUUAUACUGUAAUGCAAGGACAAAUCAGGGUAUGCGUGUCCAGGCUGUCAGUCAUAACUGUGGGCAAGAUUUUAGAGAAGGGAAAAGGGUAGAAAAGCUCACUGAACCUCCCUUUGGAUGCCAAGGAAGCAUUAUUGGUUUCCCCAGCCCUACUGCAUCAAGCCACCCUGAGACAUGGUUGCUCUUUAGCCACCCUCAUAAUGCAGGACAUCGUAAAGAUUUGGGUAUCUAUCUUAAUACUAGUCCAGCAAACUCUGACAUGUGGGCAGAACCUGUUAUAAUAUAUAAGGGCCCAGCUGCAUAUUCUGACCUCCAGUUUAUGGGACUUGGUCCAGACAACUCCCCUGAAUUUGCUUGCCUUUUUGAGUGUGGGACUGACUCUCCAUAUAAUGAAAUAGCAUUUACUACAUUUACACUCCGACACCUGUACCCUGACAUUAAGUGAUAUGGUCACAACAAUUAAAGUAGUGAGUUUUAAUUGAAGAUAAUGAAACCUGUUAAGAAGAAUGAAUUUCUUAAAAGAGUAGCUCACACUUGCGGAAAACCUUUAAAAAUAUGUUACUGCAAUUAAGAGUUUCAUUAAUUUCAAGCUAUGUUAUUUCUUAUUUCACUUUUUCACCAUAACGCCUUCUAUUCCUUCUGUGAUUAGUUGCCUCUAGUUUACAUACACUAGCCAAAAAAGUAAAGUACAGAUCAUGGUAAAGAAAUCAAAUUGACAGCAAUAACAAAUGCAAGAGUAAAAUAAAGAGAAGCAACAUUUAUGCCACAGUUCAUAUCAAGUCAUUGAUUUAUGACAGUAAUAUGAUAAGAAAUGUCCCUUGUUAUAAGUGUGUGUAUUGUAGACAUCUGGACAACUACUACUACUUUAAUUUUAUCCUACCACUGGUUGAAUUUUAAAUUUUCAUUUUAGGUACAAUGUGAUAAUACUGAUCUAGUGUAUUUAGUUAUAUGCUUUGUCUGUAACUCCUUUUUUACUGGCAAAAUGAAAAGAAAUUUGAAAAAAAAAUCUGUGAUUGUAUGCCUAAGAUUAUGUUUAAGAUGGCUAAAAUUUAUUAUUGAAACAUAUCAAUGAAAUCAAUUCUGAUCAUACUUUUUUAAAUUUAAAAUUAGUUAAACCAAAUAAAUGUGGUGGUAUAUCAAACAUGGAACUAUGUGAAUAUUGAACUAUAUGCCUACAAUCCGAUAAGUCUGAAUGGUCAUGUGCAUCAAAGCUGUUGCGUAUGCAGUGCCGGAGUUGAUGCUUAUCUUUUACUGUACAUAUUUGUUUACACAGUCUUGCAUGUUAUUGUGUCUAUGUCAAGUCUUUCUAUAUCACAGUUUUUAUGCUGUGUUUUAUGCUGGUUUCAUUUUAAGAAUCAUUUUUCACGAUUAUAUAAAUCUUUGCAAAUGACCCUAUUUUUUCACGAUUUAAACAUUUUUAUACCUGUAUUAAAGUGCACACUUUCUGUAGUAUUGUUUAGGACUUUUUUAUUGUUGCAUGAAAAACUAUUCCCUUAUUUAUAGAAUGCUUUGCUUUAUCUUAUAAUACUAUGUUAAAACAGUAAUAUCCUGCCAACGGACUUGAUCCGUUUUAUACCUUUUUUCUGUUUUUAUUCCACAGCAGAUCUGUUGAAAUUAAUUUAGAUUGUAUUUCAUCAAUUUGAGGAAUUAAGAAGAAAGAAAACAAUGUGUGAAAAAUGCAUUGUAAUGUUUUAGAAAAAUAAAAAGUUACUAUUAUUUAAAUGCAAA